AUUACUUGAACUCGAGCAUGAGGCCAUGCCUGCUGCAGGCGUCCAGAACAGACUGAUUGCACUUAGUCGUGCAUAUAUGUGGAGAUUAGAAGUAGCAAUAUGCUGUACGUAGUACUACAAUUUAACCCCUCGCUCGCGCGCACGUGAAGCCAUGCACGGGUGCUGGAGCCGACAAGCAGCACCAGCACUGAAAACAGAGCGACGAGGCCGGGCCAACUGCCCCCCGCUCUCCCUCUCAUCUCUUUCUCUCUCCACGCGCGCGCCAUUGCUGCAUGCUCCUGCGAGAGGGUGGUAGCUGGAGAGCAGCAGCCAGUCACACACUGACGCGCCGAGAGGAAGAAGAGCUGAGCUCUGCCUGCUGUUCUCCGGCCCGAUGUGUUGCUACGUGGGCAAGGCCACCAAGAUCUUCCUCUGCCUCGUCACGGCGCUGCUGCUCGCCGGCCUCGUCCUCGGCUUCGGCCUGGCCCGCCGGACGCUCUGGGGAGGCCAGAAGGCCGAGCCGGCCUGCCGGUGGCCGCGCUGCCAGCAGCAGCAGAGGCCGCCGCAGCAGCCCCUCUACGGCGCCGACCCGCUCCCGGUCGCGGGCACCACCGCGCCGCCCUCCAACCCGCUCACGGAGCCGGCCGUCGCCGUGUUCCCUGGGCUUGCCUCCUCCACCGCUGCGCCGCCGGCGACGGCGAGCGUACCAAACUUCGGACCGCCCAGGCCUUUCCCCGGGGCCGCCUCCAACACCGCCGUGCCGCCCGCGGUGACGAGCGUGCCGAACUUCGGGCCGCCCAGCCCGUUCCCCGGGGCCGCCUCCACCACCGCCGUGCCGCCGGCGUCUGCGAGCGUGGCGAACAUCGGGCCGCCCAGCCCGUUCCCCGGGGCCGCCUCCUCCACCGCCGUGCCACCGGCGACUGCGAGCGUGCCGAACCUCGGCCCACCCAGCCCGUUCCCCGGGGCCGCCUCCUCCACCGCCGUGCCGCCCGCGCCGCACAUCGGGCCGCCCACCCCGUUCCCCGUCGGUCCCGGCCCGUCCUCUCAUCCAUGAGAAGAUUUUGGUCCUCUCUCGAGGUUGUUGAGAAAUUGUACUGGUGAUUUUUUAUUCUUUUUAUUUGCUCGUUUAUUUUA